UGGCUAACAUAGAAUAGAGAGAGAAAGAGAAAGAGAGAAUACUCAUCGGUGUCUGUACAAGAACAUUGAAAAUCUCGAUUCUUUGCUUCUCUCAUAGCCGGAAGUCAUCGAUUUCAAUACUCUCCGACCCUUUACUCGUAACCAAUGAAGGCGAAGCCUUUCUAGGCAAAGAUGCGCAUCCCUUAUCUUCCCAAUUCUCAAAUACGUCUCAAUCGCCAGAUAUAGAUUCGGCUGUUUUCAUUCUCAAAUAUCUGAAACCAGAAGAAGAAGAAGAAGGAAGAAGAAGAAGAACCUAGAGGAGUAGCAGAAAUGGGGGAUCUGCUCGUAUGGCUUCUGUUUUUCUUCAUCCUCAUUGGCCUUAUUGGCCUUGUAGUUUUCCAGCUGAUGUGCUUUGCUGAUUUGGAGUUCGAUUACAUAAAUCCAUAUGACUCUGCAUCAAGAAUAAACAAAGUGGUAUUGCCAGAAUUCAUCAUUCAAGGAAUCUUUUGUUUCCUAUGUCUAGUUACUGGACAUUGGAUUAUGUUUCUGUUGAGUGCACCAUACCUCUACUACAAUGUCAGGCUGUAUACAAAUAGAAAACACUUGGUGGAUGUUACUGAAAUAUUCAACUUGCUUAGUUGGGAAAAGAAGCAGAGGCUAUUUAAACUUGGCUAUCUCAUUCUUCUUCUGUUCAUUUCAUUGUUCUUGUUAAUCUGGAAUGCCUUGGAGGAUGAUGAUCACGAUUUCUAAGAGUACAUACAAUUGGCUGAUGCUUAGGCUGAUACUGAUUUUAUUGUUUAUGGGUGUGGUGUGGUUUGGUUUAGGGUUUCUUUCUUAUAUGAAUUUCAACAGGAUUUAGGGGUGGCUUGGCUACUAUUUCAAUCUCAACCGAUCUUUUUUUUGUACACUAGGAGCAUGUUUUCUGGUUAAUUGUAUGAUUUAUUACAUUUUGUUGUUUCUUUUUCAAAAUUGGGCUCAUUUUUUAUCAGAUUGGAAGGAAUAGAAUACUGUAUUAUUUGAUCUAACCCAUCUCUUACCUAU